AAGCGAGCCGUUGCUACGCUUAGAUGUCGAGGGAAAAGUUGGAGUCCAUGCGUGAACAUCCAUCACGUUGCACUGAAAACCUCCGAGGAUCACAUUUUGGAAUUGAAGACACCGCCAGCAAUGGUCGCUAUUGAACGCACGUCUUGUCAAACUGUGGAUUUUAUUUGUAUUUUUUUUAACUUUUGGUAGCUGGUUUUGCUCUGGGAAGCGGGCGUAAUUGGCAGGUAUGCGAUUAGCCCACUUUUGAACCGGAUUUGCAAUUUUUCCAAUCACCCGAACUCUGCGAAGGAAUUACAAGUACAAGAGGACAUGGCGAGCGAGAGGAAACCAAGGCUUUGUGUCAUGACAAAAGGGGAGCAAGGCUACGGCUUUCACUUGCACGGCGAGAAAGGCAAGACCGGGCAGUUCAUCCGCAAAGUGGAGCCCGGCUCGUCCGCAGAAGCGGCUGGUUUACGCGCGGGCGACCGCCUGGUUGCGGUCAACGGCGUCAACGUGGAGCGAGAGACACACCACCAGGUGGUACAGCGGAUCAAAGCUGUGGAAAAUGAGACCAGACUCCUGGUGGUGGAUCAGGAGACGCACGAACGUCUGCGUAACCUGCGUCUCACGGCCACAGAGGAGAUGGCCAUACCCGGAGAAGAGCCACCUCCCCCGUUCUUGCCCCCGGAUCCCCCCAGCGCCGCGCCGACUUUACUCCCGGCCUCACCCAGCGAGGACAAGCCCGAGGAGGAAAGGAACGGAUCUGCCAUGCUGCAGUCCAUGCUACAGAGGAGUACGAGUUGUCAGGUGCCAAAACACACCAGGAGGCUACCAUCAUUGGCUGUGAAGAAGGUAAACACGUCACCUGCUUUCAUAAUCACUGACAAAAAUAGAAUUAUUCAUUUUUUUUAAACCCCCAAAUUCUUGAAUAAGUGGAAGUAUACUUGUGUCUUCCACGUUUUUUUUCAUGACUCAUAUCUUUGUCAUGAAAAGCAUCACUCGUGUGACUCACCUCAUCUCGACUGCAUCCUCCUUGUCAGACACUGAUAGCAGUGCUACUGCUACUAGCAAGAGUAUCUGGCUCUUGUUGUUGUCAGUUCAUAGUUUUAGGGAAAAAAGACCAUCUCAUUUCACCUAACAGAUUACAAAUCAAACACGUCAGUCCCCAAAAGAACCACACAAUGGUAUGCUAGGCUCACUUUCAAAUGAUGCUACUAUGCUAGCCACGGGAGUUGUGUGUUUUAUUAGUUGAGUUGAGUUGAGUCAUCGCAAGUAUACCACAAGCUAUAUGAUCAGUAAAAUUGGUCAAGAAAACGUGAUGUAUGUACCUUGCUUUAGUUUCUUCAUAUCCAGCUCUUGCGCCACUUCAUGACCGGCGAGCUUGUCGCGUUUAGCAUGCGAAUCCUCUGAGUGGCCAGAAGGCUUUUGGAAGGUCUUCCAGAUGUUAUGUUAGAAGAGGUCAACAAUCCAGUAAGUUCAGACCCCGUGACCUCGGAAAAAUGAAGAUUUAGCGUUGAUUCUGCAAAACAGGAAAGCCACAGAAAGGCAUCUUUGUCACACAAACAUAAUUCAAAAAGCCUUUUGACUCUCCUACUCUUGUAGUUAUUUCCAUCUUGUCCUAGUUACUUGUUCUGUGGUAUACGACAGCAGCAUUUCGGCGUCUCUAAAUUCACUGUUUAGAUGCGUACCGACAUAAAAAUCGCGACACGGUUCCUCACUCUGGAAGCCAAAGAUGCUUUUUCCGCAACACGUGUUUUCACUUAGAUGCGCCCCGUCCAGAUGCGAGUGGCUCUCUUUCAACGGGAGAUGUGACAAGGCCUAUCAGUUAAAUCCGGAAUGUUUGUCAACGCGGUUGCCUUUUGCGACCUGCGGAGAGGACUCCCAGUGAGUCACCUCGGGGGAAUUCUCAACGAAUGAUUGUUUUGUCUCACUCUUGUCUUAUAACUUCGAACUAUGACCGGAUAACAACAAAAGCCAGAUGCUCUUGCUACUAGCAGAAUGUUUGUUGCGACUGUAAUCAGUGGCAUAUUUGUCAAGUAAACAUCCUACGAGAGUGUUUGUGUUCAUCCUCAUGGUUAUUGCUUCAUGUUUUCUUUCCUUUUGAUUUGUGACAUCACGCGGGCGGGGGCGACACUGACAGACACAGUCACUUUUUCUCUCGGUGUGUCCUUUGGACGUUUCAACACACCGCCCUUCAUCUCGGUGUUGCAUACAUCCCAUCUAGCCGGAACGCAUACCUGAACUGUCGAAGCCCCUCGUCUUUACCCUUCACCGCACACGCCCACGCACACUAUGCGAGGAGAAGGUACGGCAGUGGGCGGGUCCCUUUUGCCGCCAAUGUGACGUGUCAGGUGUCACUUUUCUCGGGCAGACCCUCCUUUUAAGUGCCAACACGUGUGCUGUAAAACGCUGAAAGCCGGACGAUGAAAAUGAACGGCAAACAGAUAACACGCGAUCCCUCUUUUGCACGCGCAGCAUAAAAUCAGCCAGACAUGUUCCUGGCUCUUUUAUUGAAAGGUGUUAUAUUGCGGGGGCAUCUGGCGAUCUCGUGCGGACAUCUCGUGGUGUUUUGUUGUAUUUGUUUCCAGACUUUUUGUUCCACUCCUGACCCACCACGACGAGUUUUUUGAAAGCUAAACAGGAUGCUUGUUGCUAGUUAUAUUGUUUUUCCGAAUCUCAAUUCAGCACGCUGGAAAGAAUGUUGACACGUGUUAAAGGCCACAAGUUACGCGUGCUCCUCAAUCCUGGGACGUUUCUGACACACUUCAUACUGUAUGUAUGCUAUUUUAUACAUUUUUUUUCAUUCUGCAGAGCAUGCAGUGAUCGCCUCGAAACAAUCACUUAAUUCUGAGUCCAAUUCACUUCAUUUGUGACCGUCGUGUUGAAAUGUGAGAGUGAAGCAUUGAUUUUUGCGAGUAAAUAGACGCGCAGCUGCUGCAAACGUCCUUCUCGACCUCUCUGUCUCCAGGACGACGGAGAGAGGGGGGGAAAAAAAAAAGAUGCAGCAGUGGUAGUCGAGAGCAAUGCAGAGUUAUAAACGCAAAACAUUCAUAUUUUAAGAGCGACGACGUCCUGUCGCGGUGGCAUGAGUGUAUUCGGGGCAGCUUUGUUUGCCUUCACUAGCUUUUGGAGAAUGUCUUUAGGGUUGGUUCGUAGCAUCUGGUGGAAGUGGAGCAGAGCACGUACGCCCCACCGUUCAUAUGGACAGUCUUUCAGCAGAAAUCAUCACAUCGUCGAGAAACACCAGGAAGCCCAUUCCAUCAGAAGACAUUCACGGCCAUGACACGACACCAUGUUUGAGAGAUUUAUGUGGUAUCCCCAGAUGCUCCUUUCCUUCUCCAUAUUGUUCUACUGAACAUUGACGAAUCAGUAUUUCGAUUCAUGAAGGCAUGUGAUGAUUGCGGACAAUAUUCUUGACUUCGGUUGAGGUUGUACAGCGUUUUUUUGUUUGUUUUGUUUUGUUUUAUUUUUUAUACUGAGGUAUGGAGUGUGCAAUCAGCCACUUCAAUGCUCUUAUUGUGAGUUCCGGAGUUACUUUUUUGAAGGCAAAAAAAUAAAAAAUUGGCAAGUCCGUGAGUCUCUGAUUUUGGUCUCCAGGGUUUCCAGACUACAGUCCACAAACAAUUUUCAUUUCAACAUUCGGAAUAAGCUGACAUUAACAUUGUGUCACUUGUCCCUGAAAGUGGAGGUACACUGCAUAUGAUAUUUGUGAAAAUCUCAGGCACAUCGUUUUUUGGUUAUUUUUGUCUUUGUUUUCUUUUUUUCGAUGCACGUUUCGCCGUUUUACAUUAAACUGUGUGUUAAGAGACUUGUUGCGAGUGAGUCAGUGUGUGUACUUCAUCUGACUAACAUCUGGAGCUCGUGUUUAGUAAGCCCCCACGGUCCCAAGCCCGUCUUUUCUCGAAUACCAACUAUGUUACGUCAAGACACAGGGGUCUGCGCCAUGCGUUGGUGUGUGCGUGUCGUCUUCUUGGAUGUAAAAGAGUCUCGACGGGGGGGAAAUGCAAGACUGAUAUUUAACUCCUCUGGUAGUCAUGAAUGGUGUAGGAAGUGAGAUGUCUUCCAUACCAAGAGGCACGCUCAUUUAUAUGUUCGCUGUGCUGAAUGUGGGGAAACGGGCCUGGCACCUUGUUACGUAAGGCGUGAUCAUCACGGUACAUUCUGAAACGACGUGCUUUUUCUUUGAAAGACUUUUUCUUGCUCUGGGGUUCUGCAUUUUACCCUGAAGCUACCGCAUGGUUUUUGUACAUUAGUGGUAGUUAGUCGUUAAAGCUAGCAGUCUUAACUGUUAUUGUACUAAUUAAUAUACGGGACUUUAAAGUUUAAACGUCACUUGAAAUAUUGCAUUACAAAUGAGACAGUAGGACGCCGAAUGGAUUCUUUCAUUUUUAAAAUGCACAUUGAAUCUACACAUAUGUGCUGGAAAACUCUGAUGCCCCCUCUGGAAUCUUGACCUCACUUAACGAUUUUGAAGUGAGUUGAGGAGUUUCAUUCGGACAGAAAUUGUCAUUUGUCGCCAUCUCGUGGCAUCUGGUGUCAAGGAACUCUGUUGAAGGGAGUUGAGGAGUUUCAUUCGGACGACAAUCGUAUUUUGGCGGCUGUCUGGUAGCACUUUUAUGUGGGUAUAAACUAUUUUAGCGGGGGUGGGGGGGCUCACUGUGCCUUACCAUGAGGAUAAGUGGCUCAGGUAAUAAUGGAUUGAUGGAUGAUUUUACAGUACAGUUAAGUGUACUUGAGCACCGUAUACAAACGAGUGUACAAAAAACAUAAAUGCUGGGAUCUGUUCUGGGUGGUCGACCGCUAAAGUAGGCAAUCUUUGGUUGCUACGGCAACGGCAGGGGCGACGAUGUCCUUAUUCCAAGCCGGUGUGCCAUUCAUACUACCCUGACAGCGCAGCUGUUAUUGUGAUGUAAAAAUAGAUGACAUUCGGUUACUUUAAGUAUGAUUUGUGGGACAUCAGUCUGCAUGUGCUGCCCACACGACAGGACUGGCGACAUGAUUUGUUUGGCUUUCAUCAGAAAGGCUUGUCGAUUGUACGUUGCGCUCUCCAGGUCAUGUGUUCUGUCCUUUGAAAUAUUCGCUUUGCUCUGGUGCGCACGCACAGCUGUGAGGCAGCGCACGUUCCCUCGUGUUGAUUAUCGCUGCAUCCUCAAUACACUUUUCUGGCAUUCUGCGGGCCUAGGAUGAUCAAGUAGUUUUUGUGCACGCUCAUUUACAAACUUAAUGCAAUGUUAAUAAAAUAAAAGAUCCGCAUCCCAAAGAGUAAAUGAAGGUCAAAUCUUGUUUUACUACCGCGGUGAAUUGUGUAUCCACAGAAAGAACCGUUUUCCAUCAUGCGAUAAAUCCAUCGGGAUGAUUCAGAGAAAUUACGACGUUUAUUUGAUGAGAACACCACAUUUGACAAAUAUUGAUUUUAUCCUGUUCAGACAAAUAAUCGUCUCAGCCUGAACACGCUCAACAAAAGAUCAUGGUCACGAGACAGUCGAAUGGCUUGGCAAGAUUUAUGUUGCUGCGUGUUUGAAAGUUGCUGUUCAGACCAUGUAGGUAACAGCUUGCAACGAUUGAGUGGUUUAUACUGCUCAUUAUAUCAUAUAUCAACCGAUCCUGUGUGAAAAUAACGCUCUCGUACGUCGCGCUGCACACGGUUUAAAGAAAACAAACUUGCUGACAGCCAAAAGAGGCAACGUGGAACAUCUGCCAACUACUGAUAACAAGGGUGUGAACAUGUGCAUGACAUCACUGAUAUCAACACAGAGAGUAUGUGAAAACAGAAAACUGUGGGUGGGGACCCAGGCACACUGGAUU